CCUAGGGCUGAUCGAUUAUAUCGGUAUACAUUUUUACAUGAUAAAAAAAAUAUUGCAGCGUCAAUGGGAGUGCAAAGCAAAGAGUUUACGUUCCCUAAUGGGCACAACAACACGACAAGCCCAGAACCUUCUGGAGCGAGAGCCGUAUGUCAGCCAAUGAUGAUUUAGUAAAAAGUGAGCUACUUCAACAACCUUCACCAAACUCUGCAAAACAUGCAAGAAAACUCUUCCUGCUCCUGGUUGAAAAAACAAACUUGUUUUACCGCUAGAGGUUUAAAACGGCCCAAUUUCUUGAUUUAUCGGCUAUGGUAGUAAUCAGGCCUGGGUGCAGCUAGUGAAAGUGAACUCCUUUCCAAAAAACUGAUUUAACAGGGGGAGAAUUACUUUUUCACGCAGCACCGGGUAGAGUUGGAUAGGUCUUUCCCCUUAAUAAAUGAAAUCAUGAAUGAAAAACUGCAUUUUGUGUUUACUCAGGUUAUCUUCAUCUAACAUUCAAAUUUGCUUGAAUGUGACAAAUAUGCAAAAAACUAAGAAAUCAGUAAGGGGACAAAUAUUUUUUCACAGCACUGUAUAUAUGAGUUAUGCUGUGUCACCACUGUAGCUGCUGGCACCUUGUGGGAAUAAAUUCAUACUUUACAUUGCAUAAAUAACCAUAGCUCAUUGGAAAAGAAAAAUUAAACAUGCCUCCUUAUGUUUUUUUCGCUGCAGUCACCACAUUAUUCAGCCUUUCUUCCCUGUGUUGUCAUAAAUAUCAUCAUCACAAAUUUCCUAGAAACAUUGUAAUAUAAUUUUGAGACUACACAUAUGUACACUCCUACACCCGACUCUGACUUUAAAUCUUUCAGAAGGAAAGCUCAGAGUAAACCUUAUAUUACAAGUAUAGUACUACACUUCUUCCUUCUCACUUUGACAUAUAAAUAAUAAAAGAAAUGGUGUCUGAAUUCAGUGUAGCUGCUUUGGGGUUCUGGUAUUGUGCUCUCCGCUUUUCCUGCUGUGAUAAGUCAAAUAUGUCUGCUGUGAAAAAUACAGUCCCAUUUCCAACAGCUGUUGGGAUCAUGUAUAAAAUGAACCAGCAACAUUUUUCUAAACAUUUGAGACAGGGGCAGGACUGCAUGAGCAAAUUCAAAAUAAUAUCCUUAAAAGAGAAUCUGGAAAAUCUGCCUGAUUCCAGUUUUUUGCCAUCAGUGCCUGAGUCCUAACGGGAUCCCAUUUUUGGGCCUGAUCUCAGUCAGGCUGGACUGAGACUGUGGUCUGAUGAACCAGAAGCUAAAAUUCUUUUUGGAGCUUUCGAAAUGUCUAAAUCCUCCAUCAGAAUGAAGAGAACAGCUAGCUUAUUAUAAUAAUGUUCAAAAGCUAGCAUAUGCAAUCGAAUAGAGGUCCAUUGGUGCACAUAUUAUGUGAGGGCAUCAUUAAUACUGGAUGACAAACACAGAUUUUGGAACAAUAAGAGUCCAGAGUUAGGGUGCCAUAUUGGCCUGCUGAGAGUCCAGACCAGUGGCGGCUGGCCCAUAGGGGGCGCUCGGGCUCCGCCCCCCCAAAUGUGGAGGAGUAAAAAUAUAUAUUUUUAAAAAAUUCAUCAAUGAUAGUUUUACUAUGUGUGUGCCCAUAUACAGCCAGGCGUAUUUUAACAUUUUCACCAGCUGACUCAUUAAAGUUCAACCAACAAACGGUGUUUUUCUUCUUCUGGGGCGCUCGUCAAAGCGCCCUUGAUAUGCAGCGAAAUAGCCUAUCAUUAAAUGGUUGCCAGGGGAAAAUAAUAAAUAUUUGACCUAUCAGCGUCGCUGAAUUAAAUGGUUUGGGGGCGCUUAAAAUUGCGCCCCUGCAGAAAACGCGCAAAGAUUUGCUGUUCUAGAAUUUUACCUCAGUCAGUAGCCUAAGUGAGCUAUAAGGUCAGAGAGAGACGAUGGCAGCGGUAUUGUUAACGGUUGAGGCACAGCCUCCCCCAAAUUCGGUUAGAUCGCUUCUAACCUACCCUUUUGCCAGAAGGACAAUGGCAGAAAAACUGCAAGUUAAAGAGUUGGGACCUGACAAGCCCGAAAUUCAACUAACCCAGGCAACGAAGGAGAAGUCAAAAGCAUACAACAGGACUUUUUGUCGGAGUUGGUUCCAGCGCAAGUCGUGGCUGACAGGCUGUGGAACAGCUAAUGCACUUUUUUGUUUCCCGUGCAUACUGUUCAAAAGUGACAAGUGUGAUUUGACGUGGACACAAUCUGGACAAACCGACUUAAAGCACCUCUCCGAACGAAUCAAGAAACAUGAAAGCUCACGAGUUCAUAUGGACAACAGUGUAAAGCUAGCUGUGCUAGGGAAAACUAGCAUAGCGGCGCAGCUAGAUGAUGGACAUCGGAUUGCUUUAAGAAGGCACAACGAAGAGGUAGAUAAAAACCGUCAUAUUUUAUCUAAAAUCAUCGAUUGUAUUAAGUUUUGUGGUGCUUUUGAGCUAGCAAUGCGGGGACAUGAUGAAAGUGAUUCCUCAGACAAUCCAGGGAUUUUUAGAGGUUUAGUCGACUUGAUGGCAUCAAUUGAUCACGACUUGAGGCAACACCUUGAAAAUGCUACUGUAUUUAAAGGCACCUCGAAAACAGUCCAGAACGAGAUCCUGGAUUGCAUGUUGGCAGUUCUGAGAGAAAGGAUCGUGGAAGAAGUAAAGGCAGCGAAGUUUUUAGCCAUUCAAGCUGAUGAAACCACUGACAUUUCUACACACUGUCAGUUAGUCAUGGUGCUAAGAUACAUUGACCAACGAAACCGUAUUCAAGAGCGUUUUUUUGAAUUCAUCAAGCUACCCAAUGCUUGUGCAGAUGCAAUAGCCAGUGCCUUAUCGGAGAGGCUGCGCUUCAUCCUCCCCCAGGGACAAGAGAGAAAGUUGAUCGCCCAGGCCUACGAUGGGGCCGCUGUAAUGAGGGGUACCACUGGAGGAGUGCAGCGUAAGAUACAGGACAUUUAUGCUAACGCUCACUACGUACAUUGUUAUGCCCAUCAGUUAAACCUGGUAAUGCAACAAGCAACCUCCCACAUCCCUCAAAUCAGUCACUUUUUUUCCGACAUAGCAGGAUUCGCUUCUUUUUUUACUAAAUCGAGCAAGAGGACUGCAGUGCUUGACGAGGUGGUGGCGCACCGACUUCCAAGUGCAUCGGCAACCCGUUGGAACUUCAACAGUCGUGCUGUGAAUACAGUGUAUGAACAUAAAGACGAUCUGGUGAGGUGUUUUCAGACCAUCCGUAACAGUGAAGGAUUUGAUGCCCCUACAAAGAGAGAUGCCGGUGGUUUCGUGAGAAUGCUGGAAGACGAAGCUUUCUGUUUUUUCCUGGCCUUGUUUCACAAGAUAAUGCCACAUGUAGACAUGCUGUAUAACCACCUACAGAAGAGAAACAUCGAUUCUGUCACCAUCGCAGGGAUCACCCAGACAUUCAUCAGCCGCAUGCAGGCUAUCAGGGAGGCACUUCCUAAUCUGGUUGUGGAUGAGGAGUACAGGGGACCUGUUCAAGACCCACCCACAAAGAGACGGAGAACAUUGGGGGAAGACAGGCAACACCAUUUGGCACUGGAGGUGUGCGACACCAUUAUGAGCCAUGCCAAGGAGAGGUUUUCUUUCACCAAGCACCUUGUCAGCGCCACUCUGUUGCAAGGAGACUUGUUCCAACAACACAGCAAAAAUUUUCCAGAUGCAGCACUACAAACCACAGUGGAAGCCUAUCCCUCAUUGGACAAAGCCAGACUUAAAACAGAACUGUCCCUGAUCUACGACAACGAGGAGUUUCAGAGUUGUAGUGGUGCGCUGGCGCUCUAUCAGGUUCUGAUGGAAAACAACCUUCAAGACACAUUCACCGAAACUGUAAGUCUUCUUAACAUCCUCAUCACCACACCAAUGACAACAUCAGAAUCGGAGAGGUGUUUCUCUACUUUAAAGAGGAUAAAAACUUUCCUGAGAAACAAUAUGGCUCAGGAUCGGCUCAACGCUCUGGCUAUGCUGUCCAUAGAGAAAAAACUCACACAAGAACUUCCUGAUUUCAACACCAGGGUCAUCGAGAAAUUUGCCACUCAGAAAGACAGACCAGCAAAGUUCUUGUACAAAUAAGAACCCUUAACCAUAUUUACUCUCUUUCUCCAUCCCUCUCUCUUUCUCUCUUUAGCCCACCCCCCCAAUCAGUUUACAGUUGUUGUUUUCAAUAGUUAUUUUUCAUUCAUUCAAAAAAAAAAAAAAAAUCUGUUCAUGUUCAUUUUUACAAAUCUAUACAAAUGGCCAGAAUAUGGUUGUUCAUUUUAAAUUUAAAUUAAAAUUGUGUUGUUUGAUGUACUCAUUAAAUGGGUCAUUUUAGUCGAUAUCAUAAAAAUUGCCCCCCCUGAGAUUUUUUUCAGGAGCCGCCACUGGUCCAGACACAUUACUCACUGAAAACAUUUGGCACAAAAUACAACAAAGGAGGCUCCAAACUGUUGAGCAUCUCAAAUCCCACAACAAGGAGGAGUGGGAAACACUUACAGAGUGGUGUAAAACAAAAAGGUGUCCAGACACUGAAAAUGAGCACAGUCAAAACAAUAUAAAAUGUCUAAAGUGUCAACAUUUGAUAAGUUGUUUUGAAGGUUUGCAAAUCAUCGCAUUCUGAGUUUUUACACAGCAUCUCGGCUUUUUUGGAGCGAGGUUUUAUCCACAGCACGCUUUCAAGAUUCAUUCCUGGGCUCUACUUUACCUAGAACCAGUGAAAGCUAAUCAAUUUCCACCUCACUUCAGUCACAUCACAGAGCCACAUGUGAACAGAGGGUUACGUAAAAAGGCAACAGCCUGUGUAACAAGGUUGCAUAAUAUUGUCAGCAGACCAGGAAACAUUUCUAAGUGCUGCUAAGCAUAUGAGACAAAUAUGUAAACUGGGCA